UGUAGGCACCAGUGGGUCGGUGAACGAGGUCCAGACACAGACAGCCUGAGCUGCGAUCCCUGAGAGGCGAUGAUGGCGGCGGCUGUAGAGAGAGGAGGGGUACGAGCCGCCUUCUUGAAUCCAGGCAGCGGAGGUGGAGGCGGCGGACCAGCCCCGAUGCUCGUCCCUGCCGCUCCCGGAGCUCCGUCUGGGGCUGCUGGUUCGUGCUCAGCGUCGGGAGGUUCGGGUCCCAUGCCCGUGCCUAUGAAUCUUUUUGCAACAUGGGAAAUAGACCGAUCGUCCCCGAGCUGUGUUCCGAGGUUGUGUAGCCUUACAUUGAAGAAGCUCAUCGUGCUCAAGGAGCUGGACAAGGAGCUCAACUCUGUGGUUAUCGCUGUGAAAAUACAGGGUUCCAAGCGAAUCUUGAGGUCAAACGAGUACAUGCUCCCCCCGAGUGGUCUGAUGGAGACGGACCUGGAGCUCACCUUCUCCCUACAGUACCCCCACUUCCUGAAGCGUGACGCUAACCGGCUGCAGAUUAUGCUCCAGCGGCGCAAGCGCUACAAGAACCGCACCAUCCUGGGAUACAAGACUCUCGCUGUGGGGGUCAUCAACAUGGCUGAGGUUCUGGACUCGGACCCGGUAGACCAGACCCAGGAGGUGGAGGAGGAUCUGGACCUGCUGUACGACAGCCUGGGGGUCCUGAACCAGAGCGACAGCGGCCCCGAGAUGGAGGACAACGAGAGCGUCCUGAGCACCCCCAAACCCAAACUCAAGCCCUUCUUCGAGGGCAUGUCCCACUCCAGCUCCCAGACGGAGAUCGGUAGCCUGCACAGCCAGAAGAGCCAGCCACACGAGCCCUCUUCAGGAGACCUGUUGACAGUGGAGAAGUGCACAUUAUCUGCAGGUCGCUUCACAGAUGAGAGCUCUGUCCUGGAGCCUACACCUGGGGACGAGGCGGAGGAGGAGGUGGCGGCGGGCACGGCGGGCGUGGCUGCAGCCGAGCUCAGUGCCAGCUGGGACGUGAGCACAGACAAGCUGGCGGGCACCGCGGGCACCGUGGGCAAGCUCUGCAAGACCGAGUCCCAGAGCCACAUGUCCCCCAGUAAGACGGAGAACAAGCUGGCCCGGCGCACCCGCAGCACGUCCAUGAAGGACCGGCAGAACUCCAAGGCCCAGAGCGACCGCACCAGCAGCAUCGACAGCGAGACCUCGCCCGACUCCAGGCUCACCGUACAGGUCCCCAGGAAGUCCGUGUACGACCAGCUGAACCAGAUCCUCAACUCAGACGAGACUCUGCCAGAGAGCAUCAUCCUCAUCAACACCACCGACUGGCAGGGCCAGUAUCUGAAUGAGCUGCUGCAUGAGCGAGGUCAGCCCAUCGUGUCCACCAUCUCCAGCGCUGACGUGCAGGCCGCCUUCACCACCAUCGUCACGCGCAUACAGCGCUUCUGUAACUGUAAUGCCCAGACCCCUCCCCCCAUCAAGGUGGCGGUGGCGGGGGACCAGAGUUACCUCAGCGCCGUGCUGCGCUGCUUCGUGGAGCAGCUGGCCAACAAGACGCCCGACUGGCUCAGCUACAUCCGCUUCCUGGUCAUCCCCGUCGGAUGUCACCCGGUGGCCAAAUACAUCUCCACCUUUGACAGCAAGUUCAACAACAUCUUCAUGGACGCGGGCUGGAGAGACACCUUCAGCAGGCUGGAGGCCCCAGCAUCAGAUAACAUCGAUGUGAACGGCCGUGUGAACCAGUAUCUGGCUGGAGCCAGCGUCUCCCAUCAGUUCCCUAUCUCAGAGGCCAUGCUCACUUACAAACAGAAGAGGAAGAGAAGUUUGUAUUUUGAUUUUUACAUCAGCCCUGAUGAGGACUCCUGUCAGAAGUUUGUGCCAUUUAUUGGGCUGGUGAAAGUGGGAAUAGUUGAACACAGCCUCUCUACAUCAGUGGACUCUGAUGACUGCAUGGUUAGCGGGGUGACCAUGCUGUCGUCUCCCCCGCCCCAGACGGGGGCGCAGUACGCCAAAGACAUGACCUGCACCCCACCCUCCUCCCCCUCCGUCUCCAACGCACUCUCUGGAGCAGGUUCUCCGGGCAUCGGCGGAGAGGUGAUGGGUCUGCAGGUGGACUACUGGACGCUGCCGGGCGCCGAGAAGCGCAAGGAGGGCGAGAAGAGGGACGUGGGCGUCAAGAACACGCUCAAGAGCAACUUCCGCUCGCUGGCCGUCUCCCGCGUACUAGCAGGGGGCGAGCUCUCCCCGCCGCCCGGCAUGGCCAUGACCGUCGUCAUGAAGGAGAAGAACAAGAAGGUGAUUUUCCUGAGCAAGAAGCUGAAAGAGAAGGACGUGGACUCAAAGAGCCAGGUGAUCGAGGGCAUCAGUCGCCUCAUCUGCACUGCCAAACACCAGCACACCAUGCUGAGAGUGUCCAUCGACGGCGUGGAGUGGAACGACGUCAAGUUUUUCCAGCUGGCCGCCCAGUGGCCCACCCACGUCAAGCACUUCCCCGUCGGGGUCUUCGGCUACACCAAGCCCAUGUGAACCCACCCCACCCCACCCCACACACACACACACACACACACACGCAUACCCCUCUGCCCCCCCCCCAUCCCCCAAACCAGCCCCUCCUCACCCCUAUCCUCACACCCCACACCUCCUCCUCACCUCCUGAGAUCCCUGCAGAUCUUAAACCCUCUGAGAGAGAGAGAGAGAGGGAGAGGGAGAGGGAAGGAUGAGGCUUCUGGACUGUUACAGUGCAACGGGGAAAGGCAAAUCAAUGUUAAAAAGAGUGACUUUUCGAAAGCAAACAAGGACGACAAAAAAAAAAUACUGCAAAAUGUAAGAACGGAAGGAAGAUGGAAAGAGUGAGUGAAUGACAGAAGGUCAAGGACAAAGUGGUUUUCCUGUGGAAAAAAAGGAAUUUGACAAGAAGCGUUGACUUCUGGAACUUUUGUGUCAACCGCCAUCUUGCCCACCUAACCCCCCCCAUACUGGAUGUCGUCAUGGUGGUUGUUGAUGUUAUUGGUGUGUAACUGCCCCCUUCUACUCGGCUCAAGUAGGAGGAAGAAAAAAAACAAACAAACAAACAAACUGGUUUUAAAUGUGUGUUCAAGCGUAUGUGCUGCCUUGAGAAGAAAAAAAAAAGACGAAAAAUACGAGACAAAACAUGCGUUUCAGUCACAGCGUGUGUCGUCGUGAGGAGAUGGUAGCCAGCAUAUCGGGCAGCUUGGGUUUUGCACUUUUUGUUGUUGUCUGUUUAUUUUGUAUAAGAAAGUGUUAUGACUUAUUGUUUAGACGUUAUUAUUUCUGUGAAAUCCUGUGCGUAGGUGCUUUUUUGUGCUCUGUUAAAAGGGGUUGGGAGACUUGAGUGAGUGAGAGAGUGAGUAAGUGUGUGUGUGUGCGUGCACAUGCGUACGUGUCAUAGGGUGCUUAGAUAAUGAAGUGUUGCUCUGAGACAUAACUUUUUUUCCCCUCUUACUUGAGAGGAAUGUACUCGCACUCGUGUUCUAGUCGACAUUUUUAGUCCAUUCGAAGUGACUUUUAACUCCAGUUUCUUUUUUUAUAUAUAUACAGUAUAUAUAGGACCUUAUUUACUUAACUAGCUAGCAAUCUUGCCUUUUUUCAUUCGAAAUGAGUGUGUGUGUGUGUGUGUGUGUGUGUGUGUGUGUGUGUGUGUGUGUUGGAAUUUGAAGACAAAAAAUAGUGCAGAAUCCAGGAGCCUAUUUUAGGUAGGGAGAUGCCGGAGAAGUCGGAUCCUCGUGCACGUAUAGAAGGCCUUAACGACAAAGGAAAAAACGGACAGAAAUGAUUUUUGGCUAAAAAAAUACAUAUAUAUUUUCUCUGUCUCUCUCUUUUAGUCAAGCUAAACAGUUCACAACAGUUGGCUUAGCACAGACAGUGCUUACAACACUCUUGGUUACCAUAUGGAGUCUCCACCAGCACACCUCUGCUGCUGCUGCUGUUGUGUUGCCGUUGCCGUUGCCGUUGCCGUUGGCCUUUACGCGUUGUGGUCAGCACGGCAGGCUGUGCCCUCAUCACUGUGGUGUCCACUUCACAGCGCCCCCUUGUGGGAGCCAGAUGGUAUUGCUGCGGUUUAAAACCACUCGUGUGUCUUUUCACCAUCCCAGCCCCUCGCGAGGGGUCAGGUACAGAUGGUCAGCUGAUGGUCAGCUGGUCAGCGGCAUCGUCGGUAGCCAUGGCGUCUGGGGAAACUGGCCAGCGUUGGCACGUUGGCCUUUUUUGCACCUUGCCCACUCCUAACGCCAGCCUGUGUUAGAGUGCCCACUUGGCACAGUCACGUAACACAGCCAUCCAACUUCUCUGCUGAUAUUGGCACGGUAGGAUAUCUCCGUUUUGUCGUUUAUAUUUGUUCCGUUUUUUUUGACGAGCGCAGGACUAUUCGAACCUUCUCUGAUUUUAAGGGCUGAUAACCACUGUGGAGGUCGUAAAGGGGCGCGAAUGCUGGAAUAUAAAUGGGGGGGGGAGGAAAGGUUAAACCCCCCCUGAGCAAAGACUCUUUGAAGAUUUACUGUUUGUACAGUAGGUCUUCUCUUUCUCUCUAUCCCUUGCUCUCUCUCUUUCUCUCUUUCUCUGUCUCUCUCACUUUCGUCCUCUCAUGGUUUCUUCUUCCCUCUGACACAUUAUACAAACCCUUUAAUAGUGAGUGUGUUUGCAUUGCAUGACAACUUUUUAACUUUAGACCGUUUGGAAGUGAUUGGUCUGCUGUGACGGGGGAUUUUUUUUCAAUUUCGACUUGAUGUUAAAUGGUGUCUAAGCGUCAUCUAAGGACUAAGGCAAAAAAAACAAGAGAAUGUCAUUAAUGAGUGUUUAUAUACUGUAUGUGUGUGAGUAUGUCUGUGGUCUUUCUGUGGUCUGUGUGUGUGUGUGUGUGUGUGUGUGUGUGUGUGUGUGUGUGUGUGUGUGUGUGUGCGUGUGCGUGUGCGUGUGUGUGGGUAUGUCUGUGGUGUGUGUGUGUGUGUGUGUGUGUGUGUGUGCGUGCAUUGUUUAUUUCGGUGGGUAACACAGUUGAGUGUGUUCAUUCGGUUGUGUGCGUUUGUUUCCAGGGAGUCGCAUAGAGACCCUUGCUUUGGUGUCCUGUGGGUGUUUCGGGAAGGGUGUACUGUGAAAGACUUGGUGAUCCCAUGGAACUUGCCUAAAGGGAAUGUGUGCGCACGUGCACGUGUCUGUGUGUGUGUUUGAUUAAACUGGAGCGAAACAUGGCGCUUUAUCGUUUGGAUGGAUAUUAUACAAACGUAUUCUCCAACUGUAAAACUCUGGAAGAACUGUGGAUGUUUUACCCCCUCUCCCCUCCUUCUCUCUGACUUUCUCUGUCUCUGUCUCUGAAACAAAUUGAUGGUGAAACUUACAGUAUAACUACAAUGUAUGUUGUUUUAAACGUUUAUUGUACAGAUUACCUUUUUUUGUUCAAGAAGGUAUGAGAUUUGAAAGCCUGUGAGCUAUCCAAAGGUCAAUAUACCUUUUCUUUGAGACGGUGGAGAAAGAUAAAAUUUCUCUCACGGUCAGCUGACUCCGGGCUAGGUUCUAUCCUCAUCUUUUAAAGCACUACUUUGUCUGCCAUUUUGAGAAGACUGCCCUUCGGUCUAAACAUCUUAAGAGAUAACGGGACAUUACAUGUACUCUAAUAUUGGGUCAGACUGGGUUUCGUUUUGAAAUUUUAAAAUGCGGACGUCUUUGCACAAAGUUACUUUUUUUAAAUUAUAUGACAGUAUUCUUUUUUUUAAGAAAAAAAAAUAGACCACUGAGGAAAAAACAAGUGUUUUGUUGGAUCUUUUGUAUAGUUUUGUUGUGUAUGUACAAAACAAAUUGUAUUGUUUCAUAUCGUUUUAACUUUUUUCGUGCAAUGUCUCACACAUAGCUUUUGUGUACUCCGAAACGUUCAGAUUUUAACCUGGCUUGCGUUGUUCUUAAAAACCUAUUAUUAACUGUUCAUUGUUGUGGUUGUUUUUAUGGCCCUUUUUUUUAAAAGGAGUUGAGCUCUUUUAUAGAUGAGUUUGUUGUUUUCAUUCUUCUGACAUUUCAGCUGUUGGUGAGAGGCUGAGGCCCCAGCCGGUGUGAUGAGGUUUUAUAAGUGCACAGAAGAAGACUUUUGUGUGUUUGUAUUCUUUUCUCUCUUCUCUCUUUUUUUGUAUUUGAUAAAUACUUAAAUAACUAUUCUUCAAAUUCAUACACGAAUUACAAAUAUUGAUGAGAAUAAUAAAGAGAAAAAAAAACAUGGAAAACAGUU